GGGCUGCCCGCGCUCCGAAGCGACGGACUGCCCGCCUCGGGCCUGGCUCCUGCACCAGGCGACUCCGCCGGCUUCGGGCUCGCAGGGAGCCGCCGGGCCGGGACCAGCGCGCAGCCGCUCGCCCCCGCGGCCUGGGCCCGGCUGAUGGCUGGAGGUGGCGCGGAGCGGGUAGCGCGACGGAGGCGCCAUGUUGAGGCCGGCUGCGGAGAUUUUCUUCUGAUUACAUAGAGUUCCUUGGAGAAAAAAAUCGUCUACGUCUGAGGAAGAGGACUGGUGUUCAGCCUUCUGUACACUUCCAGAGCAUUCAUCCACACUUAUUUGGAUGCCUUCUGAGUUUAUCUUGAUUAAUCAGUGGGAGUUACCUGUGCUAAGGCGAAACAGGUUAUGGCUGUAGCUACAGGAACAAAACUGACAAGGUUUUUAUUGAUCCACCAUCAUUUAUUCUUGUAUACACAAGUGAUUCAUCCUACCAUGCAGUCAGUGUGAAAGCUCCUAAUGAUUUGGCAAGAAAGUACCUCAUCAGCACAGCAUUACAGAGUCUCAUUGUAAAUUUGUCUGUGGAAAUAGUGUUGUGCCUUGAUUAGAGAAGCAGAAGAGAUCCUUGACAUCCAGACUUAAUAAGAAAUGCUGCGCAGGAUUGCCAGUAUUGAAGAGUUCUGCCUCAUCCUUUGAAGGAAGCCAGCAAUAAAAUGAACCGUUUCAUAAUGGUGUUUAAAAAUGUCUGACUGGGAAGAUAUUGUACGCAGAGCCCAUUGUAUUGAAAAACUACUGUCUGAGAACAGUUUCCAAGAUGUUGAGGAUCAUCUUAAAGAGCUUGAAGAUGUUGAUAUGACUAUAGAAUAUCUUCAGGGGACAGAAGUUGCUAGGGCUGUAUACAGAGUACUCAAGAGCUGCCCUUCAGUGAAGCUGAAAAAGAAAGCAAAGCAGUUAUUAUCAAGGUGGAAAACACUUCACAAGAAUUACUGUGUUCAGUCAAUGCAAGUUAAAAAGUCAGUUUCUGUGGAUGUGAAGGAGGAAGCUGAACAUCUUAGUGUGGUUUCUCGAGAGCAGUCGCUGUCUGAAGGAGCAUGUCAGCAGGAGGCAUUAGAUGCUACUAGUUCUAAAAUUCUGGUCGCAUCACAAGCUGUUAAAAAUGUGGUAUGUAAUGAUGCACAAGGCAGCAUGAGUCAGCUUUCUUCUUUUGAGGAACAACACAUUGAUAAUGAAGAUUCUGGACCUCUUGUUAACAAAGCAAUUCUGCAGCAGGAUCCAGUGAGAGUUCUGAGGUGUAAAUGUACGGAUCUUCUUUAUAAAGCUUUGGCUGGUUCUGCCAAAGACAAAGAAGAAACCGAUAAAUGGCUAGAGCUAUCUAAAGAAAUCGAAGAACAUAUUUUUUCUCUUCAUGCUAAGAACAACAAAAAGUAUAAAAAUUGCAUCAGAAGCAAAAUCUCUAACUUGAAGAACCCUAAAAGUUGCCACUUAAGACAUAACCUUUUUUCAGGGACUUUGAGUCCAAAGGCUUUUGCUGAGAUGACAGUGAUGGAAAUGGCCAGCGAUGAACUGAAACAGCUCAGGGCUCUGUACACAGAAUCAUCUGUUCAGGAGCAUCAGCUUCCACAAGUUAUUAAUGGCACACAGACAAACAAAAUAAAGUGUCGGCGCUGUGAAAAAUUUGAUUGCACUGUCACCAUGAUUGCCAGAGGAACUCUAUUUCUUCCAGGUUGGGUACGAAACACAAAUCCAGAUGAACAAAUGUUGACUUACGUUAUUUGUAAUGAAUGUGGAGAACAGUGGUAUCACAGCAGAUGGGUUUGUUUGUAAUGCUAUCUCUCUUCAAUAAGUGGCUUAGGAACGUAGAUAUGAGCAGGUUUCUGUUGAAACUUUGUAAUUUGAAUUUUUUUAUUGAUACUAUGUAGAUGCUGCCACUAUAAAGUGCAAAAUCAGUUUUAAAAAAUUGCUAAGUUAUUUUUGAAGAUGACUUGAAUAAAUCUAUGUGGUUUUAAGUAAUGUCAAUAUGUAAAGAAAUAAAAGGGAAAAAUGAUAACCCUGUUAUCUGAGAGAGGAGUGUUCAUUAGUAAAUCCAUUAAAAAUAUUCCAAGUGCUGCGGUUUUUUUCCCCAAGGUAACAAGUACUUGGAAUUUUCAUUAUCUUCAGCAGGAGUUCUUUCACGGAACAUAAGUUUUGUUUACAGUAAACAAGCCGUUUCCAAAACUGCUGUUCACAUAGUUGUGUGCAUUGCAGAAUGUUCAGCAUGGCUUCACUCCUUAAUUAAAUCACUUUUUUCAAGUAAGUGUUAGAUGAUUAAAUUGGUUUGAGAGGUAAAGUCUGCAAGGAAGAGAGGACUGAAAAACAGAGCGCAAAAGGGAGAGAAGGCAGCUAGCAAAUGCAAGCAAAAAUGAAAUUCUGCUGUAUCUUUUUAUAGCUAUUGGGAGAAGAAUAGGUCUUGUGACGGUCUUAUCAGUUUGCAGUUCAGAUUUACAAUGUAAGAUGGUGCGUCCUGCAACUGUUAAGAAAUUAAAGCAGGAUCAGACAAUGGUUUAUUUCAGAAAAUUAUGUAAAUAUGUUAUCAAAUUUAUCUUUGUUUAAUAAAGCCAUGAAGUUAAUAGAAGUUAAUAACUUCCUGAAUGGAUAUCCUCUCUUGAACUAGCAUAUUGGCCCUGAACUGAGCAAAUAAAUGUUUUUAUAUAGUGCAGGUUACCCAGAAAAAAGAAAUAGAAGGAAAUCUAAUAGCUGAAGUUUUUAUACGUAUUGUAUUCCACAGUCAACAGGAUUCCCACUGGCUGUAUACUAGAAGCAUUUAUUUAUCAAAAAACAUUCACCAUAGUCUUUGUUUUUUUGUUGGUUUUGUUUAUUAGUUUUUUCCUUUUUUUCUGGAAGACUUAAACUGACUUCAAAAUCAGCUAUCUGAAUACUUCGAAUGGAGUAUAUCUCAGAAGUCAGGGAGAUGGUUGUUUUCUGAACUGGGAGAACUACCCAAGUCCAGGUGUCUUUCACGGCUGUAUUUUGGUCUGUAGAAGGCUAUGUUCAUACCAUGUGUCUCUGUUUUGGUUUCUUCACUGUUUUUGAGUUACUGUAAAGGUUUAAAUGAGAGGAAAUGUGUCUUGCAUUGAGUCCUAAUUUUCUGAGCACACUAGUGUGUCAACUCACAGACCUGGGGAAAUGCAGUGAAGAAUAAGUCUGCCCUGCCUGCGAGGUCAGGUUCUUGCAGCAAAGCACUAGUACUGUCUGGAAACAUGCCCUUCAUAAUGAGUUUCCUUGUUGGGAGUAUGGGCGAGAUGGUGAAAUAGGUCAAUAAAUUACCAAAGUCACACUUUAGGCACAGACUGUUUUGUUUCACCCUAGGGUACAAGCACAAUAAAACUGCAUAAUUAGCAUUAAUGGAGAUAUCUUUUACAAAUGCACAACAGGCGUUUUGCAGUUCAAGGCUAAAAUGCACCAGCUGAACAGAGGAACCUGGUGAGUAUUUGCUGGAGGCAUGAAGGAUGGUUCCUGUGCCCACCACAGCUGGGGCUGGGCAGCUGCUCUGGGCCAAGGCUCCCAAAGCUGCCCUGCAGCUCUCCAGCCAUAGCUGGUGGUGAACUAAAAGGCAGCCAGGACUGAAAACAGAAGAGAGGCUUUUAUCUGUAUAUGGUGACAUCGGUGUAGAAGCUGAUGUUACAAAAAGGCACUUGGUAUUAUUCUACUGAAAAACAAGCGGAAAAAAAAAAAAAAAGAAAAAUAUUUUCCAUUCCAUGAAGUGUUAACAGUUAACUUUCAGCAGUGUGGUUUACUGUGGUAUUACCUAAAUUUGUAUCCUUUGGAAAUGUGUGUUUUAGUGGAACUGCACUGAUGUAAAACAAAUAUUAAAGCAUUAGACCAGAUCCUCAGUGUUCAGCUGUAUUAACUGAUCAGUUAGUACUUGACCUUCCUUCCCGGUCUGUACCCAUGUGCUGGAAUUGAUGCUUACAAGUAGUCCUGCUUGUAUAAGUGGAAGUACUUCUGUGUAAAGUAUUGUUUUUAGCUUUCAGGAAAACCAUAGGAAAGCAAACACCUCUGUGUUACUGGUUCACAGUAAGCACAGAGUUGUGUGCUGUCAUUUUGGAGGUCAUGGUCCUGUUGAGGAGAGCUGUAUGCCAGUGCUGUGCUGUGUCAGAGCAUUGUGUAGCAGGAGACUUUAUUUUAGCUGUGAACAAUGGACACUUACAAAUAGUGUCUGCAUGCAGAUGGUUUUGAAGCCAUUCCAGUAAUGUACAGCUCAUCCAAGUUUUGUCUUGGUGAAGGGAAAUGUUACCACGCUUGGAUGAUGGCUUCCAUAGAAUAUAUUUCAAGGAUAAAGUUUGUAGCUGUAAUACUGACUGCAUUUGUGACAUAAUAUGUAACACCAUUUUCGUUUGAACUGCCCAUCACUAAAUGUAUAGUGCUAAGCUAUACGCCCCAGCAUGACUGGGAUUUUCUACAGAUCAAUAUUUACUGAGUAGCUAAGUAAACAGCAGAUAUCUUAAAACUUUUAAAGUCAUUGAGCAAACCUGCCUCACUGCAGGUCUGAGUGAACCAUACCUGCAGCAGCAAGAGGGUCAUUUGGUUCUAACCUUUCACAUAUUUCCCUUUCUUCUAAGAUGUGGAAAAUAAUAAAAUCUAAUUACUAACACCUUCACUUGCAACUUAUGGUGUAGAAACAAUUGUUAAUAACUACAAAUAGUCAAAAAAUUGAUGGUAACCAUGCCCCUUUUACAACUAUCCCUUAACUUUCUUCUGUCCAUUUCAAACUGAGAGCAGUCAGAACUCUUGGUACCCUCACAGUUGUAAACUCAGUGCUUUAAAGUAGUUUUCCAUGGUAAUAAUUUGUGAGCAGGCAUUCCUCUGUUGCCCCUUCCUUCCCAAUAACAAUUGAACCUGAGGCCUGGCUUUGUAGCAAAUUAGUUAAAGAUUAAAAGAUGAAACUGUAUUUGUAAAUUUUGUAAAAUCCAGUAUCAUGAAAACAAUUCCUCACCCUGUUCAAAGAGAUGGAGCCCUUGCCUUUAUUCAGGAGUUACCUAGUGUGAGCUGCUGAUUCAACACACACAUAAUUGCUAGGAUGUUAGCAUUAGGUAAAAGCCAGACAUGAAAUACGCUGCUGCUGGCCCAGAUAGUCUGGGACAAGGAGGAGAUCUGGGAAUACUGGCAGGAAGGAGCAGAAGGUACUGGGAGGCAGGGGAAGUGAACCGGGCCCAUUUUAAAUGUGUGAAGGACACUCUAGGAAAUGAGGCUUUGUUUUUCCAGGGCUGGUGAAAAAGCUCAUCUAGGUUUGGUUUCACUUUAUGCCUAGUUCAUGCUGAUAAACAUGCUGCCUGCAACUUCACAUUUAACAGUUAGUGAAACUAUACAAAAUCAUGAAUUACUUCUACUACCUUCUUAAUCUUCUUACACUAUUGGUUGUUUUCACCUAACACAGUUCACUACCAUUCUGGCCAUUUUUCCAUCUGUGUUUGUAUCCAAUCCUAUUACUUGAAAGGUUUAGUAGCAGGCACGUGUCAUGUAGUGUCAUGUGCCACUAUAUAUCAGAAUAGUCUUACAGACAUGACGUGCCAAAUAUGAGAGACGGUCAUUCAAGUAAAUUACUGCUCUUAUUUAAAAAGGUGUAGUCAUAGUUUCACUAAGCAAAGUACUGCUCCAAUCUGCAGUUUGUCGAUAGGUUGUAUUGUCCCUACCCAGAUUGUGUAACUGCGCAGGCUUCAAAUGUUUGACUGGAUAAGAUUGUAUGCUUUGGCUCAAAACAGCUCUAAAAAAGUCAAUUUGCGACUACACAGUGUAUGCACCAGCAGGAGGGUCUGAAUUACUGGAGUACAGGGAGUGUCAGAGUCCAGAAACAAAAGUAAAGCUUUGAAAAGUGAGGGUUUUUUAUGUUGCUGACGUAAUCUUUUCUCAGUUUGUUCCAGGUGGGGAAAAGGUCUCUGAACUUUUUAAGACAAGACAAAUAAUUUUGGUACAAUGUUUAGCAUAUCUAUGAUGCCACUACACAGAGGAGCAUGACAUUAGAGGAGAUCCACACAGACACAGGACGACUGUAUGCCAGUUAGGCCUGAAGUCUGUAUUGGUGUUCACUGGGUUUUCCAGAGACACUGUGAAUGCAUCUGCUUCUUGAAUCCUGUGAUUUAACAGUAGCAUAAGGUCUUAAACGUAGAUUGCACUCAAAGCUCAAGCAACCUGUAGCUGCAGAACUUGUAAUACGUCUUAAGAAGGUGAGCGCUAAAUUAACAAUGAACAUCACACAACUUUCAACGUAAAAGCAAGGGUGUUAUUCUGAGAAGUUCUCUGUUAAUAGGAGUUGAUGUUGCUCCUGUAACACCAGUGACAAAUCUCCUGGUUGCUGGAAACCCACUGCAGGAUCUAUUUAAUGGCAUUCUGUUGAGGGCCUUUUGUAUCUCCAUAGCCCUCUUACUGUAGCACUUUCAGGAAGGUAUUUUGCUGCCAUUUGUUGUGUGUGUGUAACUUUUUUCUUCCUUUCCAAGCCAAGAGUAAAAUGAUACUUUUUAUUAUUUAUUUAAAGCGUGUUCCGUUCAGUCUGCUGUGCUAUGUACAUUUGUUAGCUAAAGCCAAGAACAACUUUUUUAAAACAAACAAACAGUUUUUUUAAAAAACAGCUGUUUAUUUCUGGCAAAGAAGAAUAGUAACCUGGUAAUAGGCUGUGGUUAUGGAGCAAAUAUAGUGAAUUAUAGUCCUUUGGGGAAUCUUCAGGGUUCGUUGAGUGCCUUGAAGGUAAGGAAAGAAGCAAGGGCACAUUGAUAAUUUCUUGGAUUGCUUGGGGGCUGGCUUGCUGCAUUCUGGUAUUAGCAGAGCCUUAAAGGCAGAUGACAUCAUAUCCCCUUAUUUUAUACUGCUGUAAUUCAGCCAGGAGGUGACAAAGUCAUGUUUUAUUGAGGCCAUGUCAUCACUUGCCAGGACAGGAUGGAGUCUCCUUGCCAACUACAGAUGGUAAAAAGCAUUAUUCACAAGCUCUAUUAUAUGAGAUCUUUGCUGAUACAUAACUUUCUCAUACACACACACACACAAAUGCCCUUUAUUUGCCAUUGGACUGUUUGUGCUGUUUGCUAGCAUCUGACAUAAUGACAAUUAUCUCUUCAUGAAUAUAGCUUUGUGUGAAUAAAAUGCUUAAGGUGCAAGGUCAGCUUUCAGAUGAAGGUGCACAUGAAGGAGCAGCAAGGGUGGGUUGCUGUGCAAGAAGAGGGGAACCAGGAAUAGAGGGUGGGUGACAAGGAGCACAGGGACAGUGACUGCAGUAAAAAGGGUCACUGUCUCAUAGCAGCCAAACAAGGUGAGCAGGGCAGGCCAGGUCUGGUGGUGAUCAUCAGCCAAAACCCCUGUGAACACCUGACAAGUCUGUGAGGAGUAGGCUGUGCUGAGGUACAGGGCCUGUUGUUAUAGGACAAGGGUUAAUAGUUUUAAACUAGAAGAGAGGAGAUUCAGACUAGACUUGAGCAAGAAAUUUUUAUAAUGAGAUUGGUGAGACACUGGCCCAGGUUGCCCAGAGAGGUGGUAGAUGCCCCAUCCCUGGAGACAUUCCAGGCCAGGCUGGACGGGGCUCUGAGCAACCUGACCUAGUUGAAGAUGUCCCUGCUCAGUGCAGGGGGUUGGUCCCUUCCAACCCAAACUAUUCUAUGAUUCUAUGAUUCUAAGUUUCCUUAAAUGUAUCCAAGUGUCUGAGAACCAGUGUUGUCUGAAAGAAAAAGAUGGUAGCUUUGUCUUAAAAGGUAUCAAAUGCAAAAUGGAGUAAUUAUUUCCUCCACUUCUAAAUACAGGGUAUUUUCUUUCUAAAUCCAAAAAUAAUGCCCUAACUGAACAGAAUUUAUGUCUUAGAAUCAACCAUAAUUUAAAGAGUCCAUUUUUAUAGCCCUCCAGCACUUACUUGCAUUUUGCUUUAACAUUGGAUGAAAGCAGAUCCCAGGAAAAAAAGCAUUUAAAAAAUUUCAAAGUCCAGCUUUGUUAAGUAAGAAUGGGUCUCGUAUCAAUCAGAUUUGCCUCUAGCAUGAACUGCUUUUUAAUAAUCCUCCUUCUCUCAGUAGGAGACAUUUCCUUUUGAUGAUACUGAGAUCUUGUUUUCCAUUCCUUGGGCCGUGUUGAAAAUCUGAUCAAAAACAAGAUGACUCUGCAAGUGGCAAUUCCAGUCUGACGGCAUCUCCCUUAUGAUCAGAAGCAUGUGAUGACUGCUCAAGCAAAUGGGUGUAUUUAAAAUACUCUUUCCUUAUGCCUUUCGUUGCGCAUCCUCCUGAUUAUGUGAGAACCUUUUAAAGUACAUUUAAAUAAUUUCUGCACUUUUCAUUUUUAUUACAUUUUGCCUUACCUCGUGAUGAGUUUUAAGUGCACAGAAAAAACUAUCACCAGCUUAUUUAGACUUUUUUCCUGUGAUCUUGUUUAAAGAAUCAAGUUGACAUUAUUCUGAAUUACUGCAGAAAAAAAAUAUAUUGUGCAACUACUCUUUUUUUAAAUAUCAUAUUUUGCAUUUUGGUUAGUUUCUUCACUGACACAUAUAUUUUUAAAGGUCUCUGCCUGUAAAGCAAAGCUGCCUUACAAUCAUGAGUUUGCCCACAUGAGGCCAUUGCGUGGAGCACAGUGAGAUUACUGCCAUUGAUACAUUACUCUGGCCUGCAACUGCUAUCACAGAAUCACAGGAUGGCUGGGGUUGGAAUGGACCUCUGGAGUCCAACCCACCUGCUAAAGCAGGUUCACCAGAGCAGAUCGCACAGGAAUGUGUCCAGGAGGGUUUUGAAUAUCUCUAGAGGAAACUCCACAACCUCUCUGGGCAGCCUGUUCCAGGGCUCUGCCACCCACAAAGUAAAGAAGUUUCUCCUCACGUUUAGAUGGAACCUCCUGUGCUUUAGACUGUGCCUGUUGCCCCUCAUCCUAUCAUUGGGCACCGCUGAAAGGAGUCUGGUCCCAUCCUCUUGACACCCACCCUUGAGAUAUUUAUGAACACUGAUGAGAUCCCCUCUCAGCCUUCUCUUCUCCAGGCUGAACAGACCCAGCUCUCUCAGUCUUUCCUCAUAAGAAACAUGCCCUAGGUCCCUCAGCACCUUUGUAACCCUCUGCUGGACUCUCUCCAGUAAUUCCUUGUCCUUCUUAAAUUGAGGACCCCAGAACUGUAUAUACUCCUUUACCAUGUAUAGGAGUUAUAAAGCUUAAUAAUUCAGAGCAUCCCAGAGCAAAUAUAAAGUCUUAUCGUUUCGCAGUGGUCCCUCUUUUCAAUGUCACAGGACAGCCAUGACCGAGACGUGUGGCCCUCUAUGGACACUUCACUGCCGUGCACUUGCUGUGACCAAAGCACUUGCCAUUACCGCGGUUGCCCCUACCAAAAUUUUCGCGGGUAGAACGAACACCGCUGCCCCGCACCCCCAUGGGGAGGCGGGGCCUCGGUGGGCUCGGGGGGGACGAGCCCCGCCCCCGAGAAGGCGGGGCUGAGUGCGGGGGAUGGAGGGGGUCAGCUCACGUGAUCCCUUCGGCCCCGCCUCCUGCCCGCUCCGCCAUGUUGUUUCUUCCUUUCCUAGCGCCCAGCGGCGAUUGCGGGCGGUGGUGCAGCCCGGGCCCGGCACCGGCACCGGCACCGGCGGCGGCCCUUUCCCGCGGGCAGGUCUAGGAAACCGGGAGGAUCUAUUCUCAUAACAAUGGCAGCAAAAUCAUCACUGCUUAAAGUAAUACUGCUAGGAGAUGGUGGAGUUGGGAAGAGCUCCCUUAUGAACAGAUAUGUCACCAACAAGUUUGAUGCACAGCUGUUUCAUACAAUAGGUGUGGAAUUCUUAAAUAAAGAGUUGGAAGUUGAUGGACACUUCGUUACCAUGCAGAUAUGGGACACAGCAGGCCAGGAACGUUUUAGGAGCUUGCGGACUCCUUUCUAUAGAGGUUCUGACUGUUGCCUACUGACCUUCAGUGUGGAUGACUCUCAAAGCUUCCAAAACUUAAGCAACUGGAAGAAAGAAUUCAUUUAUUAUGCAGAUGUCAAAGAGCCUGAAAGUUUUCCAUUUGUGAUACUGGGUAACAAAGUUGAUAUUGAUGAGCGGCAAGUGUCUACAGAAGAAGCUCAAGACUGGUGCAGGAAUAAUGGCAACCAUCCUUAUUUUGAAACCAGUGCAAAAGAUGCCACUAAUGUUGCAGCAGCCUUUGAAGAAGCCGUUAGAAGAGUUCUAGCCUCUGAAGACAGAUCAGAUCACUUUAUUCAAACAGAUACUGUAAAACUUAAUCAGAAACCGAAACCCAGUUCAUCUUGUUGUUGACUUAAACUUUAUUUGGCCAAAUUACUUUUGACUAGCUUGCUCUAUAAAAGGAUAGGGAAGGUGUAGUAGUUAAAAUAACAAAUGGAUUUCACUCUAAUAUUAAAAUUGUAAUAUUCUGCUGCUUUCUUGGGGGAGCAAAACAAAAAUUUUCAUGAGUGACCCAUUAUUGAAUUAGUGAAACUUUCUGUUUAGGAAGGUGUCAAGUAAAAUUAUUAAUAGAAGAAUGUAAUUUGCCAACUUUAUUGAAAUGAUGGAUAUUUUGAAUAUAAUUAAAACUUGAAAGUUCUAGAAGCACUACUUUGAAGAAACUGUUCUGGAAUUCAGGCACAAAGAUACUUUUGUAUGUGUAUAUUUUUAUGAAAUCAGCAUUCCAUUUUUGUUUCACUGGAAGGCAGUUUCUUAACAAUGCUAGAGAUUAAACUUCAGUCUCACUACA